CUGCGCCUCAAUAGCUUGCCUCCUUGACAACCAUCAGCAUCAGUUCUCUCUUCGCGAUCCGAGCACCGACGAACGAUAGAAUUCGUCCGCGCAUAUCAUCAAACUUCAAAAUGACGAUGGCAUCGAUACAGGACCGGACAAAUGAGUUCCGGUCCAUCCUAGGACAGGCCCAGAAGCGGAUGGCUUCCAGCAAAGUCGGCACUCAGCGCCAGGUCUUGCUUUCAGAUUCACAGCGCCGCCAAGCGAACGGGAGUCCGGAGAGUAUGGGAAAGAGGAGAUCGGAGUUUGCUAGGAGAGCGGCAGAAAUUGGGAGAGGUAUUACUGGAACGACUGCAAAAUUACAGCGAUUGGCCGAACUGGCUAAACGCAAGACACUUUUUGAUGACAGACCCGUGGAAAUCUCCGAGCUCACCUAUGUCAUCAAACAGGACCUGGCGUCCCUGAACCAACAAAUUGCACAAUUACAAGCCCUCACAUUAGCCCAACACCCUCGAGCAAGCCGAAAUAAAACGGACCAGGAAGGAGAGCAUAACGACAACGUCGUUGUCAUGCUACAAGGGAAACUGGCAGAUGUAGGCGCAAACUUUAAGGAAGUUUUGGAAGUCCGCACCAAGAAUAUUCAAGCAUCGCGUUCUCGCACAGAAAACUUUGUCUCUUCCGUGUCAUCCAAAAGUCAAGCACAGUUCGACCCUCAGAGGUCAGACUCACCUCUAUAUAGCGCACCACGCAGCAGGACACCGCAACCUGGUUUCCGCAAUGGUGGCGGUCACUCUUCUGAUCUCCUCACUCUUGAACCUUCCUCGUCUUCUGUGUUGGGUCAAUCCGCCUCGAAUCGUGGAGCAUCUGACCAACAACUCUUGAUGAUGGAAGAAGCGCAACCGGAAAACACAUACAUUCAAGCGCGAGGAGAAGCUAUCGAAGCCAUUGAACGGACUAUUAAUGAGCUGGGUGGUAUUUUCGGCCAAUUAGCGACAAUGGUCAGCGAACAAUCCGAAAUGAUUCAGCGGAUCGAUGCAAAUACGGAAGAUGUUGUCGAUAAUGUCGAAGGUGCACAGCGCGAGUUAAUGAAGUAUUGGUCACGAAUGAGUGGAAAUAGAUGGCUCAUUGCAAAGAUGUUUGGUGUUUUAAUGAUCUUCUUCCUUUUGUGGGUUUUGAUAUCUGGAUAA